AUGAUAAUGAUAUCUGUCAAUGUUACAAAGGUAAAAGAUUUCAUUAUCCUUGGUAUUCCAGGACUUUUACCUGAAUAUUAUGGACUUGCAUCGUUUGUGUUUCUGGUUGUUUAUAUCAUUAUUUUGUUUGGGAAUAUUUUCAUUUUAGCUGUCAUUAUAUUUGAGAGGGUCCUCCAUAAGCCAUCGUAUUUGAUCUUUGCGCACCUUGCAAUGACUGACGUCAUAUUUGGCACUUUGACCAUCCCAAAAAUCAUCGCCCGAUAUUGGUGGAACGACAUGAUAACGCCAUUCACAACCUGCUUUGCACAAAUGUUUUUUGUCCAUUCUUUAGGAGCAAUCCAUUCCUUCAUUUUGCUGGUCAUGGCUUUGGAUCGCUUCGUUGCCGUUUGGUUUCCGUUGAGAUACCCAGCCGUAAUCACCAACAAAACAACUUCUAUCGCUUGCAGCUUGUGCUGGACUUUAACAUUCAUUCGGAUGAUGGGGAUUGUGCUGCAUGCCUCCUCUUUAUCCUUCUGUGAUAUAAGGGUAUCACAAUGUUACUGUGAUCACGCAUCAGUAACUAAGUUGGCAUGUGGCGAAAAUGUUGCAUUUGUCCAAGAGGUUGCUUUCGCAAACGCAAUGGUGACCCUCUUGUUUCCCUUGUCAUUCAUCAUUUUCUCCUAUUUUUCCAUCAUCAUAGCUGUUCUGAAAAUGUCGAACACUGAGGGAUAUCGCAAAGUGCUGUCCACCUGUGCACCUCAGAUCCUAACCACAUGUCUUUACUACGUGCCCAGAUGUGUUGUAUACAUUACUGACAAUUUGAAAGUAAAAGUCAGUCCUGAUGCCCGGAUAAUAAUCGCCCUGUUGUACAGCCUCAUCCCUGCUGCAGUUAAUCCUCUCAUAUAUUGCCUCAAGACUGCAGACAUUAAAGCAGCUUUGAUAAAAAGGUUUAAAAGUAGGAAAAUAAAUAUGGCCCUUAAAAGCAACACUAAGCAAGGACACAAGUACUGA